AUGGUUAGAGAUCUACUCAAUCGAGUUCCCCCUGAGCCCGAAGAUGCAUGUCUUCCUGGUGAGAUAAAGUGCAGCACAAAGGACUAUGGCAGGAUUUGCCUGCCUGCAGAGGCCAGGUGCAAUGGUAUUGAGGAAUGUGCCGACGGAUAUGAUGAACAAAAUUGUUACCAAUUCCCACCUUCAAGUUGUACGCCACAAGAGUUCAGCUGUGACGUGUCGCGAUGCAUCCCGUUAGCCAGCCAGUGCGAUGGACGCCGGGACUGCGCCGACGGUCUCGACGAACGGGAUUGUCCAGAAGGUGGGGGUCCCCCCCACAGGUCAGGGCCCUGGAUCCGCGCCUGUAAGCAGCUGAUGAUUCAGCUACUUCAACUCCACCACCUAUUUCAACUCCAUUCUAUAACUUGUAACAUGUAACAAAAAGUUAUACUUUUUGUUUGAUAUUUACCGACGUCGUGCGGGAAAGGAAAAACUUGUUAUAAAACACGAAAUUAUGUUAUAAAACACAAAGUUACAUGUAAUAAGUUACAUGAAUUCAUAACAUUUUUGUUAAAGUUGUUAUAUAACCAUAAC